AAAUUGGGACCGAAGGUUGGGAAGGUUUCGGGGCCGGCAGCAUCUCUGCAGGGUGGUGAAACAAGCACGGCUGCUCAGGCCAGGGGCCGGGCUGUGGGCAUGGGCGGGAUGUGGCUGGUCCAUGUCAUGGCACACUGACCGUGUCCUUGUGCCUUGCAGACUUCUGGGACACAGCAGGGCAGGAGCGGUUCCAGAGCAUGCACCCCUCCUACUACCACAAAGCCCAUGCUUGUAUCAUGGUGUUCGAUGUGCAGAGGAAGGUCACCUACAAGAACCUGAGCAACUGGUACAAGGAGCUGAGGGAGUUCCGCCCAGAGAUCCCCUGCAUCGUGGUGGCCAACAAAAUUGACGCGGAUAUGAAAAUGACUCAGAAAAGCUUCAACUUUGCCCGGAAGUUCAACCUGCCUUUCUACUUCGUCUCUGCUGCAGACGGCACCAAUGUGGUGAAGCUCUUCAGCGACGCCAUCAAACUGGCCGUCGCCUACAAGCAGAAUUCAAGGGACUUCAUGGACGAGGUCAUGCGAGAGCUGGAGAACUUUGACCUGCAGCAGAAGGGGGAAGACUUCUCGGAUAAGGAGGAGAGCUGCCCCGAGGAGAAGCCCCCCUCCACCUGAGCCUCCCCGGGCCAGCCUCAGGCUGCUGCCCUGCAUCACCCAGGGGGAUGGGUAGGACCAUCGGUGUCUGCCUGGGGAGAGCCGACUUUGCAGGCCUAGUAGCUCUGGGCGCAGCCGUCUCAGGGCUCCUGUCUGUGGCAGGGAGACCGGCUCGGCCUGAACUUCCCUACCUGGUCCAACCCCAGAGCAUCCAGGCCAUGGAAGGGGACACAUGUACAUGUGACUAUGGCCUGCCCCAGCACAGAGAACACGCAGCAGGGAGCUGUAGGAAAGGGUCCCGCCCAGGCCAUGGAAAAACUGGCACUAAAGGACUUUGUGCAGA